CCCAAAAAAAAAAAACAGGCUUUUAAUCAAAACACUUCCUCAAACUUUGAUCUGAAUUCUCAAGGUUAAGAGGAGAAAGAAAGUGAAGAACAACAAAAUUGAAAGCAUCAAAAAGUUCAUUUCAAUGGUAAUUUUAGCACAAAUGCAGAAAACACUUAGAGCAUACGCUGAAGUUUUAAGACUAAUUAGGCGUCUUCCAAAAGAUACGCGGUCUUACUACGCUAAAUAUGCUCGUGAAAAUUUCGUAAAUUACAGAGAAGUUGAUGCAACCGACACCGCCGCCAUUGAUGAGCUUCUUAAUCGUACUUACACCCAUUCUUUGUGGGUCCUACAAAAGUAUUCUGUGGAUGAUGCUGCUGCGGAGAAGUUGAAGCGGGUUUGUUGUACCCAGUAAAGAUCAAUAAUGCGGAAUAUGGAAGACACUUCUUUCACUUGUAUUACCUAUGUGAAAUAGAACUUCUAAUUUAUGACCAAGGAUCAUGAUGACAUUCCAUUGACGUAAUCAUGCUGAGGAUGCUCUUAGAAGCACAUGACCGCAGUUGUUCUCGUGCCUCAAUCUCAAGCCUCUUCUUUUUCUCUAAGUGAUGGUAGACUUUAUAAGGUACCUUAGUGUGGUUUCGGUUAGGGAUCUGCAGCACACCACCUUGGUACUAGACACCCCAUCACCUACAAAAGGAGGGGCAAAAAGGGUAGUGCGCCUGAUAUAAACAAAUGACUGGGCAGACUAGGCAGGCAUUGGUCAGCAAAGCCAGAUGACAGAAAAGUAGAGGAGCAGGGCAGGGUAGUGGGAUCAUUCCAUUCUGAUUCCUUGUACCAGAUAAUUCCCUAAUGAUUGCUAGGUCAAAUGGGGAGAGAGAGUUGGAGUAGUAUAAAUAGUAGCUUGGAUAGAAUAGCGAGGUAUCCAGAACAUUACUUGCCUAUUUUAGUAGAGUUAUAGUGGGAGAGUCUCACCUCUCGAAUGUGAGCCCAUUUGUAUGCCAUUGUUGAUCCUUGGGUCCAGUUAAUACAACAUAUCCUUACUGUUUUCCAUUUUUUCUUCCUAAUUUAUGCACCUUAUUUGUGUCUGUUAAGCUGGUUUCCAGCAGGAUCCUUCUUGGACCAAAAGCUUUAAGGAUUCAAUAGUUAACGUGCAUAGGGAUCAUUUUCUUCCACUUGGUAUUUAAAAUUGUUCCCUGUUGCUAUUUAUGAUAUUACAUAGCAUUUGAUUUGAUUAAGCUUCUGUUUCUCAACGUGUUCUGUAUAUUAUCUAAUGAUGUCUUAUCUUUUAAGACAUUUUAUGUGGUGCUUGAAGAUGUAUUAUGCUCCAUUUAAUGGGGCAGAUUAUAUCAUAUAUCUCAGUGCACAAAGCAACAUUCACUAACCGGCACAUGUAUCACACAUGCCAACAUAUAAAGGAGACGUCUUGGUCACAUGCACCUCACAUGUGGAGGUGUGGUGAAUGCGUUGGUGGAUGCACACAUCUGCACUAUAGAAACAUGAAGCUUUUAAUAUGUCCUGCCUUAGAUAAAAAGAGGAAACUAAAAGGCAGUUCUUUUGCUUCUCUCAUUUGAAGUAGUUCUCCUCACUUAUUGCUCCUUCGAAUGGGUCAAAUUAUAUCGUGUAUAUGUAUGUAAGUACGUGCAUCCACCGGCACUUGCAUCACACUGUUGGUGUAUGAGGUACACGCAUUAGUCAUGUGUAUCUCACACACCGAUGCAUGUGGUGCUCGUCCUAGUUGUUGUACAUAUGUGCAUGUAUUGGUCCCAGUGGGCACCAUUUGAACAUGUUUAAAAUAGGAGAGCAGAAGGCACUUCAGUUGCUUCUCUAUUAGGUUUACAAACUAUGUCUGGGAAUCUCAAGGUGCCCAAAGUCGGUGUUGCAAGUUUGAGGAAAGCCGACGCAUUUCGUAGAGAGGAAUAUAGGAUCCUCUGGAGCAUUCUUAUGAAGCAUAGAACCGUAGUUUUGCAGGUCCUGAUUCCCGAAUCUUAAAUUUCUCUCUUUUUUCUUUUUUUCUUUUUUCUUUUACCUUUUCUCUCUCGAAGAUAAGGUGAAUGGGAGGAAUCCUCCUAUUACACUAGAAGGAUGCAAACUUCUUGGACCAAAAGGCAUAAACCUUGUUUAGGUAACUUGCCCUAAGAACAUUACUCCAUUGAUUGAUAGUGAUAGUGAUAGUGAGAUAGUCACAUUCUUCAAUUUUCUUGUAGUAAAAAAAUUUGAUAUUAUUAUGUAUUUGUGUUGUAUCUUGUA